AUGCACCAUGAACCAAAGAUCCCCACCCCAGCCUCAUGCCCAGAAGGAGGGCUAACAGGCAACCUGGUGGUGCUAGGCAGUUUCAGCGCAAUAAUGGGCGGCCUAGGCCUGAUGAACAGCAUAGGCAUUUACCAAGCCUGGAUCUCAACACACCAACUCUCCCACAUCAGCGAAGGCCAAAUCGGCUGGAUAUUCGGCAUCUACAAUUUCCUCGUCUUCUUCUGCGGUAUCCAAAUCGGCCCGAUCUUCGAUAUAAAGGGGCCGCGCCUGCUCAUGUGGUUGGGAUCGAGCUUGCUUGUGAUUACCUUCAUCUGCAUGGGCUUUUGCUAUGAGUAUUGGCAUUUCCUGAUUGUUAUUGGGAUCCUUGGCGGAAUGGGGACAUCGUUCAUCUUCAUUGUGCCCGUUGCUAGUAUUGGACAUUACUUUGUUAAGCGGCGUGGUGCGGCGACGGGUCUUGCGCUGGCGGGUGGUAGUAUUGGAGGUGUUAUUUUUCCUUUGGUUUUGGAGAACCUUGCGCCGAGGAUUGGGUUUGCUUGGGCAAGUCGGGUUGUUGGGCUUAUUACUCUGAUCUUGCUCAUUCCUGGCUGUUUGCUUGUCAAGGCCAAUUUUCCGUCCAAGGUUGAGUCGAAGCCUUCGUUGAAGACUUUCCUUCCUGACCUUACUAUUCUGAAGGAUCCUGUGCUGGCUUUAAUGACAAUUGGUGUUUUCUUCAUUGAAUGGGGAUUUUUUAUCCCGCUUGAGUAUAUUGCUUCAUACUCCAUUGCGAGUGGUAUUUCACCCAAGUUGUCUUAUCUUAUGGUUGUCUUUUUGAAUGCUGGUUCUUUCCCUGGUCGUUGGCUUCCUGGUAUAGUGGCUGAUCGCUUUGGUCGCCUUAAUACUUUGAUCUCGACCAACGUUCUUUGUUUGAUUGCAGUUUUGGGUAUCUGGAUGCCUGCAGGUGGGAACCUUGUUGCCGUCAUUAUUUUCUCUGUUGUGUUUGGUUUUGCGAGCGGGAGUAACAUCAGUCUCGUUCCCGUUUGCGUGGGAGAACUUUGCCCUGUUGAGAAUUAUGGGAGAUACUAUACAACGGUAUAUACCAUCGUGGCCUUUGGAGCAUUGACUGGAGUUCCAAUUGCUGGAGAAAUCAUCCACCGCUGCGAGGGCAAGUAUUGGGGCUUGAUUGCCUUCGCUGGGUGUGCUUAUGCAGCUGGACUAAGUUGCUUUAUUGCUGUGAAGCUUCUGCAGAAGCAAAGAGGCAAAUUGGAGAACAAAAUGGAGACAACGGGAGUCUAG